GUCCUGAGCACACUCUGAGAGAGAGAGAGGGACGAGGAGGGCCAGUCUCUCUAAUCAGAUAACACUGAAGAUCUGUGUGACCAUGGCCAUGCGUCUGGUGCUUGUCUUCCUCCUGUCCGCCCUGCUUCCAUUCUCUCUCUCCCAAGUACGGGACCCUUUGGCCUGGCUGUACACCCGGCAAAGCCCAGGAUACUAUUUUGGCUCCGUGCAGGCACUCACGGCCGCUGGAGGGGAUUGUCCUGAAGAGUGCGACUGCCCCCCCACCUUCCCUGUCGCCAUGUACUGUGAUGGGCGGGGUCUGACAGCCAUGCCAACAGUUCCCUCCCGCAUCAAGUACUUGUACCUCCAAAACAAUGCUAUCACAGCUGUGCCUGACUCAGCUCUAGUCAAUGCAACCAAUUUGGUGUGGCUCAUGAUGCAUCACAACCAGCUGAGAUCUGAUGCCAUUGGCAUGAAGGUAUUUCUGAAGUUGGAGGGACUGGAGCGUUUGUAUCUGCAACACAACAAUUUGACCAGCAUUCCUCCAAACCUUCCUCGCUCCCUGAGAGACCUGAGGAUCAACCAUAACCACAUUGAAAAGGUAACACCCGCAGACCUGGAGGGAAUGGAUAACCUCACUAUCCUCUAUCUCCACGAUAACGCUGUCUCAGACAUCGGCGCAUCGCUAAAGGCGCUGAAGUCUCUCACCCUGCUCGACAUCAGCGGCAACAAGUUGGCGAAGGUCCCAGAUGCUCUCCCUGAACACCUGCACCAGCUCUACCUGGAGUCCAACUCCAUCGACUCGCUGCCUGAGGGCUUCCUGGGCGGCUUCACUCAGCUGCAGUAUGUCAGGAUGGCCCACAACCAGCUCACUGAUAAGGGCAUCCCUCCUAACACUUUCAAUGUGACGGGGCUGGUGGAACUGGACCUGAGCUUCAACAAGCUGGAGAGGAUCCCUAUUGUCAGCACCACACUGCAGCAUCUUUAUCUGCAGGCCAAUCAGAUCAAAGAGUUCACUCUGGGUAGUUUCUGCAGUAUUGUGGAUGUGACAAAUUUCUCCAAACUGCGAACGCUGCGACUGGAUGGGAACGAGAUCAACCGUCAGGACAUCCCUUCAGAGUCGGCCCUCUGCCUGCGCCAGGCCUCCAGCAUCGAGGUCUAACUGUGAUACUUUGAAACACAGUUCACUUUACAACGUGCACCUGCAGUGUGACGCAUUUUUACGACGUGCAGAAACCAAAUCACAGCAGAGGCGAUGGAAUAACUUGAGGUUGGCUGCAGGUGGCAGCAGUUCUUAUCGUAACACCUACUAAUUACGCAGCAGUGAGAGAACAGAGCUUCAUACAUGAAGAGACCUUACCAGGAUUAUUAAAAACAGUCUCUCAAAUUAGAUUACUAAUCUCAGUUAGAUUUAUCUAAUUAAAUUCAACUAUAGGAGCCUUUAUCCACA